CACUCUGAACGUUCUCGAAGCCCUCCCCCAAGUAUAAAGGCUGGGCGCCUGUCUCCUCAGAAAUUCAGACAAACAGCCACUCACCAGUACUCGAGCAACAGUUCUCUCAUAUCUCUCGACCUACUACGAUGUCUGUCUUCUACUACGAGCCCUUCUACGACAUCGACCGCUUCCUCAGCGAGGCCUUUGGCCCCCGAGGCGCGGACAACGCACAGCGCCGCAUCGGCGAGGGCAAUACCAACGAUGCGCCGCGCGCCCUCAAGCCUAGGAUGGACCUCCACGAAGACGCCGAGAAGAACGUCGUGACCGCCACGUUCGAGCUCCCAGGCGUCAAGAAGGAGGACGUGCAGAUCGACUUCCACAACGGGCGCCUCACCGUCGGCGCGGAGACGAAGGCCGAUGAGGAGCGCGAAGAGAAUGGCUACGCAGUGCGCGAGCGCCGCUACGGCAAGUGGUCGCGCACGCUGCAGCUCCCGCAGGGUGUGAAGGAGGAGGAAGUGAAGGCGACGAUGGAGAACGGUGUUCUCACCGUGACAUUCCCGAAGACUUCUCCUCAGGCGGCACCCAAGAAGAUCACCGUCAACUGAGGGCCUCAUGGGCGCAAUUGGUUUUUGUUGGCAC